AUGUGGAUGGUAAAAAUGAAGUUUUUUAUUCUGCUUUUUGCAGUUAGUUUAUGUUUGGGUUUCAUAAACGCAAGUGCUGGAAUUGCUUUAAGAGCUACCUCAGUUAAAGGUCAACUUAAUUGUGGUACUAAACCAUAUGAGGGUGCCUUUGUCCGCCUAUUUAGAUCAUCUGGUAAAGAAGAUACUAAUGAAAUUCUUGAUACAAGAAUGACAUCACCAACAGGAUUAUUCCAUGUUGAAGGAAAUACUAAUGGAAGACCAUUAAAUGAAACUGAUAUUGAUGCAUACGUCAGAGUAUACCAUAAAUGUGGUCUUGAUGAAAAAAAAAAUGAAUACAGAAAAUUUGGCUUCAAAAUACCAUCUCAGUAUGUUACUAAUGGUAGAAUUGCAAAAAAAACAUAUGAUGUUGGAAUUUUAAAUUUAGAAAUUAAAUAUCCAAAAGAAACAAAAGACAAAAAAUUUGUUGAAAAUCCAUAA